AUGCAAGACUAUCUCAGAGAAUGGCGACAAGAUGCCCUGCACAAGCAUCAGUACGACUCAGCAAUCUACAUAGGUGACAAGCUUCUAGCCAUCACAAAUGACCCACAGGAUGCCUUCUUCCUCGCCCAGAUCCACUUCCAGUCUGGAAAUUACACUCGGGCCUUAGGUUUCCUGGAAAAGCACAACCUUGUGGAACACAGCCCUGCGUGCCGGUUUCUAGCCGCCGACUGCCAGAUAAAGCAAGGCAAAUAUGAAGAUGCCCUUUCGAUCUUAGGCGACAAGAACCCGAACCACCUCAUAUUAUCGCCCAGCAAGACUAGGAGAAAGCUACAGCAUCUCAACGGCAAUGUCAGGAGAGCCCCUAAGGGUGCAAAUGGGCUUACAAAGCCGGAUCGGAUAGAGAGGAGCGAGGAGCGAGACCGAGAGAGCUUGUCGGAUAUCAAACAUGAGGCAGCAAUGUGCUACUUACGGGGCCUUUGUUACGCCAAGCAGAAUGCAUUCGACCGGGCUAAGGACUGCUACAAGGACGCCGUACGCAUCGAUGUCCAGUGCUUCGAAGCUUUCGACCAGCUCAUGAAGAACCAACUCAUGUCUCCAGAUGAAGAAUGGACCUUCCUUGCAACUCUAGACUUUGAUUCGGUCGUGCCUUCGUCGCCUUCGAAAGAGCCCGACUCAAGCCAAGAAGCUGCCCAGUUCACCAAAAUGCUUUACACAACUCGACUCUCAAAAUAUAAGAACCCGGUCGAGUUCUCUCACGCAACCGAGACUCUAUCUACCCACUACAACCUCGCUAAUAACCCUGAUCUUCUGCUUGCGAAGGCGGAACUCCUCUUCACCCAAUGUCGCUUCACACAAUCUCUUGCCAUAACGACAUCCAUCCUUUCCAACGACCCCUACAAUUUCACAGUCCUUCCCUUACACCUAGCAUCACUCCACGAGCUCUCCAAAACCAACACCUUGUUCUUGCUCUCCCAUAAACUUGCCGAUUCUCACCCAGAGGAACCUACUACCUGGCUCGCGGUGGGUGUUUACUACCUCUCUAUCUCACAAAUAGCCGAAGCGCGCCGCUUCUUUAGCAAAGCAUCGAUGAUGGACCCCCAUUUUGGACCAGCCUGGAUCGGUUUUGCUCACACCUUCGCUGCUGAAGGCGAGCACGAUCAAGCCAUUUCCGCUUACAGCACAGCCGCUCGCCUCUUUCAAGGCACUCACCUACCGAACCUCUUUCUCGGAAUGCAGAACCUUUGCCUCGGCAACAUGAGCCUAGCACACGAGUAUCUAACUGCCGCGUAUGGCUUAUGUGACACGGAUCCGCUGCUGCUCAACGAGAUGGGCGUGGUGUUCUACCACCUCGACCACUUAGACGAGGCUAUUGGUCUGUUUACCAGGGCUCUGGAGAAGGCCGAGGAUAUCGAGUCUGACCCUAAAGCGUGGAUACCUACGAGGGCAAAUCUUGGACAUGCCUACCGGCGACAACAGGAUUUUGACAACGCACUCACGCAAUUUGAGGAGGUGCUUCGCGAGGGUGGUCGCGAUGGGGGCAUCUUCUCCUCCAAAGGACUGGUCUUGUUGGAAAUGGGAAGGACGUGGGAAGCCGUCUGUGCAUUCCAUGAGGCGUUGGGGGUGCAGCCGCAGGACCCGGUGGCUACAGAUCUGCUUGGGAGGGCGUUGGAGGAGAAUUCUGUGGUGCAGGGAUGGCGCUUAGCCAACGUUGCUGGAGCGGAGAGGCAGGAUAGGGAAUUUGAGAGUUUUGUAGGGCAGGCGAAGAGGGAUAUCCAGGUGAGAAAGACUAGAGGUGCAAGAGGGAAGGGGAAGGAGAUGCGUAAUAGGGUGGACGAGAGGGGCAGCAUUGGCGGAAUGAGCGAAGGGUAUAGCAAAAUGCUCAUGAGCGACGACGAGUGA